AUGCAAGGAGACAUAUGGGUGAUACCAAAUCCAGAGGGUUUUGAUCAAAGCAUAGCACUUGUUUUACGGUUCCAAACCCGGCCAUCCAUAUUAACCAACAGUUCAGAACAUGGGGGACCUUCAGAACAUCUGCAUUCAGACUCUCUUUUAAGUGGCCUCAAAGUUCUAUUAGUUGAUGGUGAUAAUGUGAACAGAGCUGUGACGCGGAAGUUGCUUGAGAAGCUAGGGUGUGUUGUCUCUGCCGUGUCAUCUGGAUACGGAUGCCUUAGCACUCUUGGUCCUGUGGUAAAUAAGUAUCAAAUUGUUCUUUUGGACCUUCACAUGCCUGACUUGGAUGGCUUUGAAGUAACCAUGAGAAUUCGGAAGUUUCGUAGCCGCAGCUGGCCAUUGAUCAUUGCCUUGACUGCAAGUGAUGAUGAAGAUAUGCGAGAAAGAUGCAUGCAAAUAGGAAUGAAUGGUGUUAUUCAAAAACCAGGUUCCUUACAGGGUAUUGCCGGUGAGAUUAAAAGAGUCCUUCUGCAGGCAAAUAAAAUUUUGUCAUGA